AAAUGCACCAUUUGCGCACAGCUCGGCCACAUCCUAGAUUGCUGCAAGAACAUACAACAACCACCCUGCUCAACCUGCACCUCCUUCGCAGACCUACUCGACCAUAAGCUCGCUGAGCAACGAACCGGCCACCCGGGCCUAGAAGAGCAACUCAAGGACGAGGAGCUGCGCGUUCUUCAAGAAAAAGAAGACCACGUGGAGAGUCUGAAGCAACAGACGCAAGAAGCCGAACAGGAGGAGAAGAGAUUGGAUAAGAUACUCGAGCAGCGCAAAGCGACGUUGAAGACUCUCCAAGCGGAGCAGAGAGCGAGAGCGCCUGUGCUAGAGUUCACAAUCAAGGAAGCGAGGAAGAGUAAGAAA